GGCUUGGCUUGCUUUGCUCCUUCUGCCACUGCCAGCCAGUAGGCAGUAGUGGCCAGUGGCAGUACCCCCACUCGGCCACUGAUCAGCCUGACAGAUAACACUGUUCCUCCUGCCGCCCGAUAGCUAGCUGCACAUCAUCAUCUUCUGUGCCAGGAGGUGGUGGGAUAGGCAUGGCGGCGACGCGGCUGCUCCUCCUGAUGGCGGCGGCGCUCGUCCUCCUGGUGGCGCGCGGCUCCGACGCGCAGCUCUCGGCGGGGUUCUACUCGGCGAGCUGCCCCAGCGUGCACGGCGUCGUGCGCCAGGUCAUGUCGCAGGCCGUCAUGAACAACUCGCGCAGCGGCGCCGCCAUCCUCCGCCUCUUCUUCCACGACUGCUUCGUCAACGGCUGCGACGCCUCGCUGCUGCUGGAUGACACCCCCACGACACCCGGCGAGAAGGGCGCCGGCGCCAACGCCGGCGGCUCCACCUUCGGCUUCGACCUCAUCGACGACAUCAAGACGCAGGUCGAGGCCGCGUGCCCGGCCACCGUCUCCUGCGCCGACAUCCUCGCCCUCGCCGCGCGCGACAGCGUCAACCUGCUCGGCGGCCCGAGCUGGGCGGUGCCGCUCGGCCGCCGCGACGCGACGUCCCCGAACGCCACGGGCGCCGCGACGGACCUCCCGGGCCCGGACUCCUCCCUCGACCGCCUCGUCGCCGCCUUCGCCGCCAAGGGCCUCACCUCCCGCGACCUCGCCGCGCUCUCGGGCGCGCACACGGUGGGCAUGGCGCGGUGCCUCAGCUUCCGCACCCGCGUCUACUGCGACGACAACGUCAGCCCCGCCUUCGCCUCGCAGGGGCGGCAGCUCUGCCCGGCAUCCGGCGGGGAUGCCACCGCCGCGCCGCUCGACGCGUCCACCCCAGCCGAGUUCGACAACGGCUACUACCGGAACCUUGUCGCCGGCGCCGGGCUGCUGCACUCCGACCAGGAGCUCUUCAACAACGGGCCGCUCGACUCGCUCGUGCGGCUCUACAGCGCCAACGGCGCCGCAUUCUCGUCGGACUUCGCCGCGUCCAUGGUCAGGCUCGGGAACGUCAGCCCGCUCACGGGCUCCGCGGGGGAGCAAAAAGCUUUGGGAUUUGGCAUUGCUUCAGAGAGCCAACUCGCCCUCCUGGCCGCCGUCUCGUGCCUCGCCGGCACGGCCGCGGCGCUGUCGACCGAGUACUACAACAAGCGCUGUCCGUCCCUGCAGCCGACGGUGCGGUCCGCGGUGGCGCGCGCCGUGGCGGCAGACCCGAACGCGGGCGCCGCCGUGCUCCGCCUCUUCUUCCAUGACUGCUUCGUCAACGGCUGCGACGCCUCCGUGCUCCUCGACGACGGCACCGCACCCGGCGAGAAGGGCGCGGGACCCAACGCCAACUCCCUCCGCGGCUACGAGGUCAUCGACGCCGCCAAGUCCGCCGUCGAGGCCGCCUGCCCUGGCGCCGUCUCCUGCGCGGACGUCCUCGCGAUAGCCGCCCGCGACGCCGUGUCGCUCCUGGGCGGCCCCUCGUGGAACGUGCGGAUGGGCCGCCGGGACGCGCGAUCCGCCAGCCGCGACGCCGCCAACGCGAACCUCCCCGGUCCGGGGUCCGGCCUGCCCGCCCUCGUCGCCGCGUUCAAGGCCAAGGGCCUCUCGGCGCGCGACAUGACGGCGCUGUCGGGCGCGCACACCGUCGGCCGGGCGCGCUGCGCCGAGUUCCGCGGCCGCGUCAACGCGAACGCCGGCGAGGCGAUCAACGCCACGUUCGCCGCGGGGCUGCGCGGGGCGUGCCCGGCGGCCGGCGGCGCGGACGGCGCGCUCGCGCCGCUGGACCCGGUGACUCCCGACGCGUUCGACAACGGCUACUUCCGGGCCCUGGUGGAGCGCCGCGGCCUGCUGCACUCGGACCAGGAGCUCUUCAACGGCGGGUCGCAGGACGCGCUGGUGAGGAAGUACGCCAGCAACGGCGCCGCGUUCUUCAGCGACUUCGCCAAGGCGAUGGUGAGGAUGGGCAACCUCGCGCCGGCGCCCGGGACGCCGCUCGAGGUCAGGAUCAACUGCCGGAGGCCCAACUAGGCUUUGUUGCUUUUGGGAGGAAGCGAGUCGGCGAGCAAGUCGACAAUGCAGGAUUUGCUCGAGGAUAAAUAGUGAUGAUUAUGCAUUGUACAAGAUGAUUGUGCAGAAACAUAUGAUAGGAUUUGUAGCUCGAUUCAUUCGUUCAUGUGUUCAUACCCCAACAGAAAGAGAAGGUGCUUUAGUCUGUGA